AUGGUCGCUUUCCCUCACGUCGGCGCUGGUCCCUACGGCACCAGCAGCAGAUCACCCUACUCCAGCACAACCGAGACUCCCAAGCUCGAUGCUGCGGAAAUCGAAGAUAUUUUCCAAUCCAUGAAGAACUCCCAAGAGCAAGUUGCAGUUGCACCAAGCUCCUCUAGCCGCUUCAGAUGGUUCUCGCGACACUCCACUAAGAAAAUCAACCGUCGCGGCAAGUCCGAGUCUAAGUAG